AUGAAUGUCCGACUCGCCGCUUGUGAGCCAUGCCGGCGCGCAAAGCUUGCGUGUGGUCACGAAAAACCCACAUGCGCACGGUGCCAGGAUCGUCAGCAGGCUGGUAGCUGUGUUUACAGAAACCAGCCUUUCAAACGACGGAAACUACAGCGCGACCGUCCCCUCGCCAGGGCAUCAACUGAGAGGUCCACGUCAAGUGCCUCGCCACAACCACGUUACUAUCCAAACCCGGGCUUCCUCGGGUCCUCAAGCCAUUCCGCCAUUUUCAACCAGGUGACUUCGUUCGACUUGCGCACUUCAGACUCGGGUCUGCACAAUGCUCUACCGUCGCCCAUUGCCUCUCCAUGCAGGCACGUGCCCAAGAAUAAGGUCGUUGUCGAGAGUGCACUCCGGACCUUGAAACAGCUGGGCCGGACCGACCUGUCUCACUUGGUAUCUCUGAUUCACCUCUGGCUCGGCCAAGGCGUAAAUCUACCUCUUGCUGAGCCGUUCGUUGCGCCUGUCGUCGGGGCUAUAGCUAAAUCCGCAAAGGCGACGUUGCCAUCUGAUGCCAUCAAUCAGUCUGAGGAUUGGGUCUCUCAGCAUGCGAGCCUCUUGGAAAGCACAGACAGACCGAUAUGCCUACGCGGCGACACCAACGUGAAUGACUUCUUCUCACAGCUGCUUGAUCAUGGCUUACGCUGGGAUGUCCUUGGCAUCUUUUUCACCGCCGCGAGCAGGGCCACGAUAGAUACUACGUCCUUUCCUCCGCUUUACACUGGGGAAGCGCAACGUUGGGAUCUCAUAAAGUCAUUGACUUACAUAGGAGAUUGCUGUCUAGAGACAUGUCUUGCAGCCGACCGCUUAGACGAUUUGCAAAUCGUUUUACAGUACGAGAACUGUGUGGUGCACUCUCAGGUUCACGGGGAUCAAAGCUAUCACUCGUGGAGGAGGAUGGGGGAUCUUUCAAGCUCACUUUUUGCGCUCGGCUAUCACGAAAGGACGGAUGGCAACGCCUCAAACAUCCCCUUGUACGUUGCAGAGUUGCGGAGAGCCAUCUUCGCCAGGAUCUACGCCGCCGACAAAAGUCUGGCUAUUUUCCUUGGCCGACCACCGAGAAUAGUCAAAACGUAUUGCAACUUCCAGCUCCCUGCUAACAUACCUGGCCUCUGGGACGCUGGAUCGGAAACCAGCAACAGCUCACAUUCCGCGGCAUCCAGUCAUGAUGGGGACCACGACAACGUGGGGCCACCUGAGCCCAUCAACUACACUGCAGAUACACGCUACUCUGCCUUGUUCGCCUCCCUCAAGGAGGAAAUACUCGAACUAUAUCGAAACCGCUCCCACGAACAUCAUGCGGAGAGAACAAACGCUAUCCUUUUGAGGAUCGAGAAGCAAUGGGAAGACAUGCCCACACACCUCAAGCUGGAUGUAAGCUUGAAACACUGCCACCUCGGACCAUUCGAGCGAGACUUCCUUGUUGGCACCCGGCUCGACUACCUGCAUAUCCUUCUGCUUCUCGGACUUGUCUCUUCAAGGAAAAUCACCGAGCCUGACCAGUCACUCCUCACGACUGCCGGCGAAAUGCUUUCUCUCGUGGUCGAGAUGAUCAUUCUCCGCCAACGCCUGGUCGCGCAAUUCGGCCUUCCAGCCGCCGGAGUCAUUUCCCUCGCGCUGCUGAACUCGGCCAUCAGCAGCGGGAUACAGCCCAUCGCUCGAUCGAAGAUGGUGCAGGACUUGAGCGUACUCGUCGCCGAGAUCCGGACUGGAGUGCUGAUUCAGGCGGGGGAGCCGAAUUUUGCACUCUUCACUCAGGCGACUCGGACUAUACAAAGCCUGCUCGACUCUUUAAUGGUGUGGCGAUCGCCGCCGGGCCCGCUGUAUCCGCAGCCGGAUGCGAGCGCCGAGUUUCUGGAGGAUUGGAAUACUGGAAUCGAUUUUGAUCCGUGGGAGUUUGAACAGGACUUCUGGGCUGGGCUGGCCGGACAUCCGACUUUGCUCCAAGAGAAGUGA